CGUCCUUCGCUGUCUGAUGCAUGUCGACCACACGCACCUGAUCUGGACGAGGUCUGCGUUUCUACCGGUGACUGUCCGACAGGACCUGGGAGUCUGGAGAGAUGACGACGCGCUCGGAGAGAGAAAAGGCGCAGAAACUGAAUGAGCAGCACCAGGCCAUCCUCUCCAAAAUGCUCCGGGAGGAGGACAACAAGUACUGCGCCGACUGCGAGGCGAAGGGCCCAAGGUGGGCGUCUUGGAACCUGGGGGUGUUUAUGUGCAUCCGCUGUGCUGGCAUCCACCGCAACCUUGGGGUUCACAUCUCCAGGGUCAAAUCUGUCAACCUGGACCAGUGGACCCCUGAACAGAUCCAGAGUAUGGUGGACAUGGGGAACACCAGGGCCAGACAGCUGUACGAAGCCCACCUCCCAGAGAACUUCAGAAGAGCACAGACUGACCAAGCUGUGGAGAUUUUCAUCCGUGACAAGUAUGAAAGGAAGAAAUAUUACAACAAGGAGGUUCUGGUCACAGCUCCGCAGAAGCCAUCUGAAGCCUCUCCUUCGUCCCAGGCUGCUGAGAAGAUCAGACAGGAGAAAGAGCGAGAAAAGAAAAAAGAGGAGAAGAAGUGGGAGAAGGAGCCUGAAAAGAUAACAAAGAAGAGGGAAGACCUCCAGUCUGAUCCCAGAGCCAGUCCUGCAAAGAGCGCCGAGCCAUCUGUGGACCUACUGGGCCUGGAUACUCCUGAGAGCGGAGCGGCCACCGGCUGUCCCGGCGAUGCAGCACCGAUCAGCGAUGACCUAGACAUCUUUGGACCGAUGGUGUCCAACCCGCUCCCCGCAUCCAACAACAAGCCGCUCACUCAGGCGGGUUCUAGCCAGGCGGCUCCUCAAGCAGACUCUUCAAUCUCCAGUAACACGACUAAGGUGGAGGAGAAGAAGCCUUUGUCUAAAGACUCCAUCCUGUCCCUCUACGCCAGCAGCUCAUUGGGCAGUCAGCCGCAGAGCCAGCAGCAGCCUGCACCGGGACAAGCUGGAAUGUAUAUGGGCCAGCCUCAGAUGCAGUUUGCCCCCCAGGCUUUUCCUCCUGGGAUGGGCGGAGCCGUCCCGCCCACCAACAUGAUGCCGGGCGGCACCAUGAUGCCCGGCAUGGCGAUGCCCAACGGUAGUUGCUACAUGGGCAUGCCGCAGGGAGUAAUGCCGGCCAGCCAAGGACAGAACAUGUACGUCAUGCAGCAACAACCACAGCAAGGACAGUGGAAUAUCAAUCAGAUGACCCAGCAGAUGUCAGGCAUGACUAUGAGUGGCGUAGGAGCGGCGCCAGGCACGUUUAGCCAGUCCACCGCCCCCAUGGCUGGCUGGUCCACGCCACCAGCCUCGGGCCAGACCCUCAGCACCCAGCUGUGGAAAUGAAGA